AUGUACACCUACUCUAAAGAGAUCUGUUUGAUUUCUAAUGGACAAUCAUCUCCAAAUGAUAAACUCUCCCGACUGAAAGCCUGGCGACCACCAUUUGUCGCUUCGCUGAACCACCCCGAGCUCAUCGAGUAUGUCGGUGUACCAAAGACCGAAGUCGCCAGAUGGGUUGGCAUCUCCUCCGCGGUCGCAUCGAUCUGUCAGGCGAUCAUGGCCGUGCCUUGGGGCACUCUAUCCGACCAUGUCGGCCGGAAACCCGUGAUUCUGUUUGGGUUGACCUGUACCAUGAUUAUAUCUAUUAUGCUGGGCAUGUCACAGACCCUGGCAAUGGUGAUCCUUUCGCGGUCUUUGUUCGGCCUAAUGAACGGCAACGUUGGGAUCUUGCGCACCAUGGUAGCCGAGAUCGUGCCCCAGCGAGAGCUUCAGCCUCGAGCGUUCAGUCUGAUGCCCUUGGUAUGGACGAUCGGAAGUAUCUUUGGCCCUGCAUUCGGCGGUGCCUUGGCACGUCCGGCCGAGAAGCACCCAGAGCUGUUCGGGGGUAUUGAUUACUUCAAACGGUAUCCAUUUGCGCUGCCGAAUAUUGCCUCGGCAUGCUUCUUCCUGGUGGGAAUCACCACGGGGUUUCUCUUCCUGGAGGAGACUCUCCAAGCGAAACGGGAUUCUUAUGACCCCGGCCUCGCCUUAGGCAAGGCCUUGACAAGGCCUUUUGGUUCAUGCGGGCGUUCGAAGGUGAAUGACUCGGACGAAGAGCGCACAGCGCUGCUGUCAGAUACCAAAACACGAGGUCACCACAAGACUACUCCCAAAUCUCGACCGAGCUGGUCCCAAAUCUUCACGCCACAGACUAGUCUUAUUCUGUUGUCUUAUACUUUGAUGUCCGGACUUGGCAUGUCCUUUGACUCAAUCUUCCCGGUAUUUCUGCACUACCCUGUCCAGAAUCUGCGAGACAAUCCAGAUGUCCAACUGCCAUUCAAAUUUGCCAGUGGAUUUGGUGUCGGUAAGUACUUAUCCUCUUACCCAAGUUCGUCCCUGCAUUGCGGCUUCGGGAGUGCGUACUCCAUUAUUUACCGCCACGAUUGUAAAAAUCUCGAGCACAGUCACCCGUCUAACCAAUUUUCCACUUUCUCUCGUCCAGAUGCACCUCAGAUCGGCAUAUUCUACACCAUCAUCGGCAUCAUAGGCAUGGUCAUCCAGUUCACAAUGUUCCCGCCCGUCGCCAAACGCUACGGAGUCCUCAAAUGCUUCAAGGUUUCCGCGGUCAUUCUUCCCACCGUCUUUUUCGUCGCACCAUUCACCGCACUUGCGCCUGGAAAUAUCAGAGUCCCCCUUGUUCUACUUGUCAUGCUCAUCAAGCUCGGCGCAGUCGUGUUCGGUAUUCCUUGCUGCACGAUCUUACUCACCAACUCUGCCUCGAGCAUGUCCGUGCUCGGCACAUUGAACGGGGUCGGAACCAGUUUCAGUGCCUUGGGUCGUGCCGCCGGCCCGGCCUUGAUAGGCGCUUCAUUUUCAUGGGGCAUCAAGCAGGGCUACGUGAUCUUUCCGUGGUGGCUUCUUGGGACGAUCGGAUAUUUGAGCAUCGUUCCUGCUUUCUGGAUUGUGGAGCAAGAUGGGCCGUAUCGUGAGCAGAAGGUGGAAGAGACGGAAGUGGAGGAAGUGGAGCAGCCACAGCACCAGACGGAGGAAGUGCCAGCAGAAUUGCGUCCGGAGGAUGCAGUAUCGCGUGAAAUGCCAACACGUGGAUACGGAUCUACUUCAGCAAAGAGGACUUAG